GGAAGAAGAGAAAAGAAAAACAAAAAGUCGGAAAUAAAAAAAGGAAAACAAAACAAAGCCAAAUCAAAUCAAAAAGCCCCAAAAUUCCUCAAAAUCAGAACCAGCCAUGGAACCCGCCCUUGUCGACUUAAACGUCAACGAGUCUCCCGAGAUCAACACUAACUCCACUAACAACAACAACGAUCACGGUUGGCAAAAGGUCACUUACGUCAAGCGCCAGCGCAAGGCAGCUAAACCUAACGCUGAUCCGUCCGCCGUCACUGCUCGCACUAAUGGCGCCGUUGAUGGAGAUAACAGUAGCGUGUUCCGUAACCUCGAACAGCACGCCGAGGAACGACGUCGUCGAUUGUUCAGUGCUCAGCAGGCGAAUGUCGCUGUUGUUCACGCUCCUCAAGUGAGUUCCAAGCACGGAUCUGACUAUGAGGACGAUGAUGACAGUGACGUGGAGGCUGCCGAGAACGGCCAGACCGAGGAGGUUAAGAAAGUGAAGCAAAAGAAGCCGAAGAAGCCGAAGAUUACUGUGGCGGAAGCUGCGGGUAAGAUUGACGCGGCUGAUCUCGCUGCAUUUCUGGUUGAUAUAUCGGCCACGUAUGGAUCCCAGCAAGAGAUACAAAUGAUGAGAUUUGCUGAUUAUUUCGGGAGGGCAUUUUCGGCGGUCAGUGCGUCUCAGUUCCCUUGGAUGAAGCUUUUCAACGAGAGCACAGUGGCCAAGAUUGCUGAUAUUCCCAUCUCUAACAUUUCUGAUGCUGUAUAUAAGACAUCAGUUGACUGGAUCAACCAACGAUCCGCUGAGGCACUUUCAUCCUUUGUAUUAUGGUCUUUGGAUAGCAUUCUUGCCGACCAGGAUGCUCAUCAUGCUGUUGCAAAGGGUUCUAAGAAGGCCGUGAAACAAGCAUCAAAAUCCCAGGUUGCAAUUUUUGUUGCUUUGGCAAUGGUUUUACGACGAAAACCUGAUGCCUUAAUCAGUAUUCUACCGACAUUGAGGGAAAGUCAAAAGUAUAUGGGACAAGAUAAACUUCCAGUUUUUAUAUGGAUAAUUACACAGGCUUCUCAAGGGGAGCUGGCUGUGGGGUUGUAUGCGUGGGCACAUAAUCUUUUGCCUGUGGUUGGUAGCAAAAAUUGCAAUCCACUGUCCAGGGACAAAAUGUUGCAGCUAGUGGAGAGAAUCUUAUCUAGCCCAAAGGCUCAUACAAUUUUAGUGAAUGGAGCAGUCAGAAGGGGGGAGCGUUUGGUGCCACCUUCUGCCCUUGAGACAUUGUUGCGCCUUACAUUCCCUAUCUCUUCAGCUAGAGUAAAGGCUUCUGAAAGGUUUGAGGCAAUAUAUCCCACCCUUAGAGAGGUGGCUCUUGCUGGUGCCACUGGAAGCAAAGCAAUGAAACAAGUGUCGCAGCAGAUAUUCAGUUUUUCUGCCAAACUAGCUGGAGAAAGCAUUCCUGAGUUAUCAAAUGAAGCCGCUGGCAUUUUCAUCUGGUGUUUGACGCAGAAUGCCGAUUGCUACAAGCAGUGGGACAAAGUUUAUGAGGAAAAUAUAGAGGUCAGUGUUUCUGUUCUGAAAAAGCUUUCCGGUGAAUGGAAAGAGCAGUCUUCAAAACUAUUUCCUUUUGACUCUUUGAAGACAACUCUCAAGAGCUUUAGGCAAAAGAAUGAGAAUGCAAUAUCUGGUGGAGAUGACACUGCACGCCAAGCACUCUACAAGAGUUCAGACAAGUACUGUAAACAUAUAUUGGGAAAAUUGUCGGGCAGCCAUGGUUGCCUCAAAAGUGUUGCCCUCCUUGCUGUUGCAUUGGCUGUGGGUGUGGCCUUCAUGUCCCCGAAGAUGGAGUCCCUUGACUGGAAGAGAAUUUCUGUUGCUUUCAACUCCCUGGGAUCCUUUUGAGCGUGAUGUUUUACGUAUGUCGACAAUUACUGAUGCUCAUCGUUUACUCUUACCAAUACAUUCUCUAUGAACUCUCUGCUUCAGACCAAGUAAGUCAUAGGGGAAUAUCUUUAAAUUUACCGUAGUUUAGGGACAUGAAAUGAUCUGUUGACUUGAAUACAGUGUCAGAGUACAGGCCUUUAGAUUUUGCUUUAAAAAAAAGGGCAUCAUCUACCCGGAAAAUAAGGUGAAGAAGAUCAAUGUAUUUUACCGGUGUACCAGAAAAGACAACUUUUUUUCAAUUUUUUUCAAAUUUUUGGUUGUAUUGUAGAUUAUAAUCAUAUGAAUGAUUUAAGUUAAUGGGCAAUUAAAUUUUACCCUCUUUACAUUCAA